UUACAUUCUGUUCUCGACGUCGCGUUCAUUGUGGGGAGCCAUUACCCUCGUCCGCGCUAAGCAUCGUGCCAUAUUCCCGUUCGCGCCCUUAUACUAACAACAUUCUCGUAGUUUUAAGUGAAAUAUUAUGAGAGUGAAGACCGAAAUGGACGACGACGAAAAGGGAAAGUUGUUUGUGGGUGGUUUGUCCUGGGAAACAACACAGGAAAAUCUGCAACGCUACUUUGGCCGCUAUGGUGAAGUAAUUGACUGCGUUGUUAUGAAAAACAGUGAGUCUGGUCGUAGCCGUGGCUUUGGAUUUGUAACAUUCAGUGACCCGGCUAAUGUCCCCUUGGUUCUCCAAAAUGGACCUCAUCAGCUUGAUGGGCGCACGAUUGACCCAAAACCAUGUAAUCCACGUACUCAACAGAAGCCAAAACGUAGUGGAGGCUUCCCAAAAGUUUUCCUAGGUGGCUUACCAAGUAAUGUAACAGAAACUGAUCUGAGAUCAUUCUUUAAUCGCUUUGGCAAAGUCAUGGAAGUGGUGAUAAUGUAUGACCAGGAGAAAAAGAAAUCAAGAGGAUUUGGCUUUCUCAGCUUCGAGGAUGAAGAUGCAGUGGACCGAUGUGUCGCCGAGCAUUUCGUCAACUUGAACGGAAAACAGGUUGAGAUCAAGCGUGCGGAGCCACGUGAUUCUUCCAGUAAAAUGAACGACAGUCAUCAAGGACAAUGGGGUCCUCCGCAACCUGGUGGACCUCCGAUGGGAAUGGCUGGGAAUAUGGGACCCAUGGGUGGGCCUAAUGGUCAGAUGGGUGGCCCGAUGAUGGGGGGACCCAUGGGACCGCCAGGGAAUAUGAUGCAGCAGUAUCAGAGCUGGGGGACAAGUCCUCAAACUGGUGGAUAUGCUGGUUACACCACUCAGUAUAAUUCUCAAGGUUGGGGUGCACCUCCGGGUCCUCCUCAACAACAGCAGAUCCCCCCACCUCCUCAUCACCAAUGGAGUAGCAGUUACAACGUACAACCUGCAGCAGCUACUCAAGGUUACGGCAGCUAUGGUGGGCCGGCGGCGGCCGCUUCAGGGGGCUACGGGCCCACGGCGGGUACUGGCGGGGCUGCGGGGGGCGGGCCAGGGGGUUCCUGGAACUCCUGGAACAUGCCACAGAAUGGGCCCCCUCCAGGGACCCAGCCACCACCUCAGCCCCCUCAGCCCAACUCCUCGCAGCCCAACUCCAACUCGAACCCCUCUGGCCCGCAGGGUGACAUGUACUCGCGACAGACCACCGGCUCCGGUGCACCUGGGUCCAGUAGCAGUUCAGCCAAGACACCGGACUACACUGGGUACUCCGCAUACGGUAAUUACGCUGACACCAGUUAUCCACAGCGUUCAUAUCAGGGAGGAGAAAGCAACCAAGUUGCGAGUACAAAGGGGGUUGGUAUUGACACGGCGCAUGGGAGCAGCUUCGGGAGGCUAAAGGGGACGGAGGGGAUGGUUUCUCUGGAACAGAACGAGAGCAAUCGGUUCGCACGGCAGAGGUGUUAAAAAAAAUCGAGUCUCUCUGCACAACUCGAUUUCGUUUGGGAUGGAAAAAAAAGGACGACGAUACCGGAAGGGAGAGAUACGAGUGGGAAUAUCUCGCGCGUUCGGUGAAUGGAAUUCCUACAGUUCGGAAUGCUUUGUCUCGAAAAAAGAAAACAAUCAGAAACAAAAACCCGAAAGAGAGAGAGAGAGAGAGAAAGAGAGAGGAAUAGAAUCCGAUCGAUCGAUCUACUUUUUAAUCAAUAUUUUUAGCGUCGAAGCGUAAGGUAAAACUAAAGAAGAAAAUAAGAAACUAAACGUAACGGGAGGGAAGCUAGAAAAGGUGUCGACGAAUUGUGUAAACGAUAAUAAAACGAGAAAAAUUGUUAACUGUAAUGACAUGACCUGUAUACUUGUAACGUUUAGCAUUAUAUUGGUAAGAUCGAGCCCCCCAUCCGACCGAGCCGAAACGAUUAGAGUUAUAUUGAAUAGCGGGACGAAUAGUUCAAACGAGGAAUCACGAUUAACGGAAACUCAACAAAAAUUGGAAGAUGACAUCCGAUAGAAAUAUGAUUGCUUUAGCGACAUUUCGUUUCGUUUUCUGGCCGAUCCGAGAGAAACAGAAAGAGAGAGAAAGAGAAACCGAACGAGAGAAAGAGAGAAAUAAAGAUAGAUGAAAACAAUACGAAAACAAAAGCAGAGAUCGGUCAAAAACGAAAACGUAUCCGUCGGGGGUUACAUGUGACAUAUAGGGAUACUAUUUAAGGAGUCUUUACGCUCGCACGCUUUCUGUCCGUCUCAUUCCCAGUGCCCCGGUGAUCAUAGUGAACGAUUUAAAAUGAAAAAAAAACAAAAACAAAUAAAUAAGACACGCUAAAAUAUAUACAACAAAAGAACCGAAAAUAAUAAUAAAACGAUACGACUCUCUGUACCGAGGGGGGUGUCCGACUUUCCCCGACGACAUUAUUACACACACGGUCAUGGAUCAGAGCGGAACUGAUCUAGCGUGAUCCAGACGAACGUCGUUGAUGGCUAAUUAAACUAUCUGAAGGCUUUGUAAUCCGUAGUGAGGCGACGAUUCGAAGGAACUGUUCGAGGUUCGGGCCGGACAAAGUCGUACACCCCGCUGUCAGCACAGUAGCAGUAAAACGUGUACCAGGCCAGAGCGCAUUGUCUCUGCUCUCCUAAAGGUUUUGCUCCUUAAGGAACAAGUUGAGAUAAGAGAGAGAGAGCGAGAGAGAGAGAGAAUUGUGGAGUUGAGAGAGAAAGAGAGAGAGUGUGUAUCGAGGAGAAUAACAUCCUACCGGUUUAGGAAAAAAGGGAAAACAUGUUGGGAAAGGAUUUUACGGUAGGAGUUAUAAAGAGAAAGAUAUUCAGAGCGAUAUACACAGAACUAUUUACGGAAAAAAAGAUAGAUAGAUAGAGAGAGCGAGAGAGAGAGAGAGAGAGAGAGAGAGCGAGAGAAAGUGUGUGAGAGAGAGAGAGAGGAUUUUUUUGUCGCGAUGAACACAUUAUAAUAUUAUGCGCGUUAACUGAUAGUAACGAUUUAAUGAACGAUGAUCAUGAUUAUUAUUAUUAUGAUUAAUAUUAUUAUUAUUAUUAUUACUAUUAUUAUUAUUAUUAUUACUAUUAUUAUUAUUAUUAUUACACAGAGAUAGGAGAUGUUGAGAGAGAAACACAUGUUUACAUGCUAUUCUAUCAUGUAUCUAUAUUAUUCAUUGCAACAUAUAUGUAUGUACACGCACUCGUAUGUCUGCUCGUGUAAAUGUAUACCUUUAAACAACAAAAAAAUCAAUGGAAGCAGAAGGAGAAAAUAUAUCGAUAUAGGGGCGUACGUUAUUA